GACAAACCACGCCCAUCCAACGCGUUUCUGACGCGUGUUUGCCCAGCUUACUAGUGGACCUACAUAAAGUCAGCAGAUCUGACGCCUCAUUGAUUGCAAGCCCUUUCUUUCAGUUCCCCUCCCUAACACCAGAAAUUCAAUAAUGGCAUCGUUCUUUCGUCGUCCUCCCAACAAUUCGUGGACCGACCACCUACUUUUAAAAAUGGCCAAUAUUGUUGGAGCGCUUUUCGUCAUGGGAGCAAAUGGCUACACAGUUAUUUCUCCUUUGGAUGUCUACUACUCAGGGAAAGAGACAUACUUUACCCCUGCUCCCUGGGCAUACUUCCUUUGGCCUGUCAUUCACUUGCUGGUUCUUGGAACAUGCACCUACCAGUUCUCAGGACGGGGUAAGGAACUCAUUAUCGACAUCAUCGGCUGGAAUCUCCCGCUUCUCGACUUCCUGAAUGCUAUGUACAUCUAUUCCUGGACCAACCAGGAGUACAAAUAUGCUUUGGUUUUCAUCGUCUUUACUUGUUCAGUCGUAUCGAAAAUUUACCGGCUUGUGAAGUUGAGCACUGUACGCAAUAUCUGCGACGAACUCUUCCUGCAUCUUCCAUUCUCCCUUUACCACGGCUGGACGACAUGCUUGAUCUUCACCACCGCCUUUGCGGCUUUCGGUGUGGAUGCUGAAAUCGAGCCAGUGAGGAUCUGGACCAAAGUUUUCGUCUUCCUUAGCCUGUUCACCCUCCAGACCAUUGCAUCCGCCUAUGCGUACGCGUCCGCAGAAGGCGACCUUCCUGCUUGUCUCGCGGUCUCCUGGUUCAUAUGGGCUGUCUUUGUAAACCAGACGCCGGAAAAGUCGCCAUUUGUGCACUGGUGUGCGCUUGGAGCUGCUAUCCUGUCAUUGUGCUGGCUCAUGCGGAGUGCAAUCGGUUUGGAGCUCAAGAUUAGGAACAGAAACGCCAACAAUGUUAGGUUUGGAUUCAGCGGCAAUGACAACGAGGGCUCUCGGCUUUUGGGAGGACAUUAAGUGGAGGAAUAGCAUCGCAAGUGGAAUGAGGUUGGGGCGUUGCGCGAGUUGGUGCCCUGUGGCGAGGAACACGUGUAGUUCUUUCUCUUUCAACCCUAUCUUUGUACAUCAUAUGGGCUCAAAUAUAUGUUUGUGUUUUUAAUAGCGGACAGUCCCUAUCGACAUUUUAUCGAUGUUAAUUUAUUGUGUUUCGUGCACCUAUUCCAGGAUGAGCAAAAAAAAGCAUGGCU